AUGUCCAGCAGCCGAAAAGGCAAAGGCGCCUCACGGGAGGUUGAUAUUUCGAAGAGUCUUAGUUAUCUGCUUAGGCAUGGGGCGAAGACUGAGGGCAUUCAGCUGGAUGAGGCGGGGUGGGCUAAUGUAGCUGAUGUGCUCCUCUGGCGCCGCAUUGCCUCCUUGAAAGUCGACCUCGCCGAACUGCAAUCCGUCGUCGCCACCAAUGACAAAAAGCGCUACCAAAUCGAACCCGACCCCGCCGGUCCCCUCCGCGCACCCUCCGCCACAGCCAGCACCGCUUCCAUCUCCGACUUGUCAAACUGGCGGAUCCGCGCCACCCAAGGUCAUUCCAUAGCGACCGUCUCCAGUGAGCAGAUUUUCAAACCCAUCCUGCUGACCGAUCCGGACUGUCCGGAAUUCGUCGUGCACGGAACGGAUAAUCGGCCCUGGAAGGAGAUUGAACGCAGCGGCGGGUUAAAGCCGAUGGGAAGGAAGCAUAUCCACUUCGCAACCAGGUUGCCCGAUAAGAUGCCGCCGCUCAAUCGGGAUUUUCAGUCCCGGAGUAAACCGAAUAAGGAGCCGGUGGAUAAGGUUGUUUCUGGUAUUAGGAAUACGAGUACGGUUGUGAUUUGGGUCGAUGUGAAGAAGUCUUUGGAGGGCGGGGUGAAGUGGUGGAGAAGUGAGAAUGGCGUUAUAUUGACUGAAGGUGUGGGGGAGCCGAAGAUGUUGGGGUUUGAAUGGGUCAAGUGGGUGGAGGUGAGAGGGGAGGGGAAGAUUUUGUACGGGGAAAAGGUGGAGAGUGAGGAGGUGGGGGAGAUGGAGGAGAGAAUGGAUAGGUUGGGUGUUGGGUUGGGGGAUGGGGAAGAGGGGUCUCGAGACAAGGUGGAUGGGGCGAAGGCGCCUCAAGGAGAAUUGAAUGGAGAGAAGGUGCUCCGAGAAAAGGAAGCCAAUGGGAAUGAGAAGCUUGAGCCGGCUGCCCCGGUGAAGGAUAAAUGGGAUGAUUGA